AUGCUACCUGAAUUCUUGCAGAGUAGUUACGCCCGCUACAAAGCAGAUACCAAUACAUUUGCAACGUGGCUACUGGAGACAGCUAACCAAUGUGGCUAUCAACCACCUACCCUCUCUGCUACCCUUCCUACCGCAAAAAAGGGUAAACGCAAAGGCAAAAAGAAUGACUCAGAUGCAGAACCACUUCACUAUAGUGCGACUACCAAAGAUCUGCAAAAGCUUGCCGAGGUGGUUGCCAGUUCUGCUCUCACAAUACCCAAGUCAGUUCUCACCAUCGCGAAACGCGCCAUCAAAUUGAGAAAAGCAGUCACUUCCUGGUUCUUGGGCCAGGGCGACUCCGUGAACAACAAGCGGCAUGCUCAUUUCAUCACUGCGCUGGAGCAGAUCUGCGAGACUCUUGAAUGGAAGACCAACAACCAGCCCUCGAAGUCAGACGCUAAGCAGCCACCCCCGACUUCUGAGGCUCAAAACGACGACGCCGACGCCGACAGGUUUCUAAACAAAUUCGCUGUUCUCACGGUGGAGGAACCCCAGGAUACUGCGCAUACUCAACCGACGCCCGCAGACUCGAAGAAGAUCGUCAAGGUGACUGUUGUUGAAGAAGACGAUCAUGAGGCAGCAGACGACUUAUAUCUUGGUCAAUUGUUCUUCAAGACACUCUGCUUACUUCAAGACCUAAACAAUAUACGGAUAUUCAUUUCCACCACCUGGUCGGAGUACCGAGAUAAGAAAAUCGAUCUUAUGAACGCCGCUGUUGUGACUGACAGUGCUUUGCAACUUUCCCGAGAUCUUGUCAAGGAGGUGGAGGCGGACUGGCACACUUCCCUUACGUGGGAAAGGGAUAAUGUCCAAAAGAUUGUCUACAGUCUCGCUGCUGUUACCCGCGGCAUUUCUGCGGCCCCAUCCACUGAGAUUGGCCUGCCAUACAACAAGAACGUGGCUGAUAUAGCCGACUGGUGCUAUAUACCAACCAAGGUCCUGCUUGGGUCCUUCGCAGAUGUACUCCAGGAAAAUCACCAGCCGGUCUUCAAAAAGGGCUACUUCGGCACAUAUAAUCCGAAAGCGGACAGAGAGCGGAUGUCUCUGGCUCAGAAAUUCAACGAAGACAAAAUCAUCCUUCUUUCGAUUUUGCCGGAGUUUUGCAUGGUCAAUAAGUUCAAAAUCGAGAUGCCUAUUGAGGACGCGAUCACUCGAGGCCUUGCUGAGUUUGCCAAAACCAAAAGGGUUACUCUGUGGCUUUGCUUCGCCUCCCAGAUCUUCCUCGACGUUCAUCAUAUCAUGCGACACAGUACCUUGGAUGCAUUUGGAGACCUCCGAAUGUCUGGACUUCGCAUCCAGAAGACUAUCGAUGACUACCUGAAACUGUCUGGAACACACCCUCGGCCCAAAUUUUGGCCAGAAGAGGGUGACGAGGAGAUUCGACGUAUAAGUUCAACGGUGAAGUCAUGGAUCUUACAAGAUCCGCUCCUUGAUAUUCGAGUCCAUUAUGGAUUCGACAGAAUAGGCUCCCCGCCCGAAAAGCAUGCACUCUUCUCGCAACACGCCAUCCUCUGCGGGUUGAUCCUGUUCAGCCUCAAUGUUCGAAUGCAGGUUAUUGGCCAGCAGCUCGUCACCCAAUGGUACGACGUCCAGCAACUAGCCUUCUUGCAAAACCUUGUCAUAAAUUCCCCAACGCACAAAGAGCUGAAAUGGCCUGAUAUGGAUGCUUUCAUCAAGAUCCAUGGCGAAUCUCAUAUUUUCAUUGGUUCGCGGCCAAAGAACGCCAAUGAAUCGCUGAAUAGGCUUGAGUUGGCCACAGGCAUCUCAUCCGCUGCCAAAUUUGCCCGCGAUUCUCGGAGCAAAAGAUUUCGAUUUCAUACCCCUGAUGGCAAGAAUGCCCGCGUGCUCGAGCCCACCACUGCAGUCGCGAACUUGCUUUUCUCCCAGUACGUUGGUGAUCCCGAGGACGAUGGCGGGAUUGCAAACUUCGAUCGGGUCCUGGACGAGCUUUCGCGGAAAUUGAAGCCUGAAUCAUCCAGCAAGAAGCUCCAGAGAGCCAAUCCGGAACUCACCAUUGCUCGAAAGUGGUCUAAUACCCACAACAUUGACACGCUGCAGCUUCUUGCCCUCCUGAAGACCAAGCUAUUUGAAGAGGAGCCUAUCAUCUUGUAUAACUACUUCGGCAUGCACAAGCGCUCCGUCGAGUUACUCAGACUGAUCCGAGACAAGGAGCAUCAGAAAUUUGUUCAAUAUUUCACGUCGGCGUAUAUGCCUGAUGAGUCCCUCAUAUCAAACAUCGUCCUCCUCAUCCAUCACGUUGCGCAGGGCUCGGCCCAAAAUGCACGUGAAAUGGGACUUACAUCUGGCGGAGUUGAGAUCGUGAGUCGGAUUGUCGCGAGCGCUGGCGACGUGAUGCGGGAAUACUUGGAGAAGAAUGGAAGUGUGGCAUGCAAAGAGCUGAGAGUAUUCUGCAAGAACAAAAAGCCGAUUCAAGAUGAUGAUUUUGCUUACGACAACGGCAAAUCGGACGAGCUGGUGUAUUCUUGGCUCAGUCUUGAGGACAUUCUGGGCCCCAAGGGUGUAGCCUCGCUCAUGACCGGGAUCCCGAUAGCGUAG